CAUCUCAUUCACAUAACAUCUCUACAUACGUGUGUGUGUGUUUUUUCUAACUCAUUAAUAGACUAAACGUUAAUUAUGUAAAGACUGCAUUUUAUGUUUGAUGGAUAAUUUUCAUUGUUAAAAUCACGAAAAUAUCAGAAGGAUACGCUAAAUUAUGUGUAGAAACACCCUAAAAACCGUGCAACAUGACGACUAUAAGAGCUGUGACGUUCUCACUGCUCCUGCUGGUUUGUACGGCCAACGCAUGCAACGAUGCAGACGAUAUAUUCCCAUGCACAUGCAGUCUAAAUGCUGAUAAAAUUGAAGUGGACUGUUCCGGGUACGGUUUACGAUCGGUUCCGGAAAGUUUGCCGGAACAGACAGCGGUGUUAGAUUUCUCGGAUAAUCUUUUGCAGCCCGACAGUAUUGAGACGCUAUGCGAGCACGGCUUUCUCGAACACGUAUCCAUUGCAGGAAAUCAUUUGACGUCAAUUGAGCCAAGACGUUUAAGAAAGUGUGACAUUUCAGAGAGUUUAAAUUUUAGUGGUAAUCUUUUUGACGUUGUGGAUAAAUACACGCUUUACGGACUGGAAUUUACGCAUGAAUUUCACGGGCUGGAAGCUCGUGAAUUCAAGGAAAAUUCGUUCACAGAUAUGUUUGGCUUAAAAACUCUAGAAAUACUUAUGCACCAGAGCAGAAUUCCGGAUACUCUUUUCAAAAACAAUCAUAUCAGACAACUGAAAAUAAAUGUAAAUGGUGCGACUGAAAUUCCAGAGUCACUUUUAUCUCCCCUGAAUGCAACACUGAGUGGAUUAACUAUAACAAGUCCUUCGGUGCAAAGUCUGCCCGCAAAACUCCUGUCAAACUUAAAGAAAUUGAAAAUGUGCACUUUAGAGGUCAACGAACUUCAUUCCAUUCCAUCAACAUUUUUCCAGGAGAAAAUACUUCACGAUACUGUCGAAAACAUAACUCUCCUCGGAAUUAAGAGUCUUCCGCGACACGUGUUCCGGUUACUGGGAAAUCUACGCCAUCUUGAAAUUCAUGGGGCUGUAGAUAUGCCCUCAGAUCUUUUUCACGGGCUGCUCGGGCUCGAAUUUCUGGACCUAUCAACCAGUGCCAUAAGCGCCAUUCCCAUUCGAUGGUUUGGAGACCUUUGGAGCUUACAGACAUUAAUUUUACACGAUGCUGGAAUUACUCUGCUGAGGAAAGACGAUUUUGAGGCUUUACAUGCUUUAAAUAAAAUAGAUCUGUCUAAAAACAGAUUGCGAUCUUUGGAGCCCGAGUUGUUUUAUCAUAUUAGCGGGAGCGCGAACUUUAUCAAUAUCAGCGAAAAUAUUUUGAAAACGGUACCAGGAAAACUCUUCAAACAGCACGCAGUGUUGGAAUGUCUCGAUAUCAGCAAAAAUCAGAUAUAUUCUAUAGAAAAUGGCGCAUUUUAUCAUUUACCGGAGUUAAAGCGGCUGCAUUUACAAAGUAAUAAACUUUAUCACCUGGAAGCUGCCACAUUUAUUUACAAUGUAUACAUGACUUAUCUCGAUAUGUCAUCAAACAUUUUAUUUGAUCUACCUGGCGGAUUGUUUGGUAGCACGCAUAGGCUGUUAGUUUUUAAUUUGUCAGACAACCGUCUCAACAACUUAGAAAGAUCAAUAACAUUCAAUGUACCUACUCUCCGUGAAAUAAACUUAAGCUACAAUCCGAUUGAAUGCGACUGUGGAAUAGAAGCGGUGAAAAAAUUGCUUUUGAACGUUUUGAUAAUUGGCGAUUGUGAGAAACCACAAGCGGGAAUUUCUAUUGUUGAUUUUGUUCCGGACGCUAAUUGCUUGUGGAAUUCUGCUACGGAUUCGCUUGUUACAAGAUUCAUUUCAUCAACAGAUUUUCUAUACCCAUCAGAGAGUAAAAUAGAGGAGUGGGAGUCAAAGUUGAUAAUAAGUGCUAACGACGCUGUAUCGAAAACAAGGCAUGAAUCCAAACUGUUGACGGUUGCAAUAACAGCUACGAACGUAUCGUAUUCAAAUCGCGAGUUAUCUGCUUCACGGAUAAAUAAUUUCACAAUUUUUAAUAACCAAAGUAGCAAGAUAAAACUAAACGAUUUACCAAUUACAAAACAUGAUGUAUCACGAUCAGACACUGCGGUUUUCAUCAAGGCGAGUUUUACACCUACACCUGGCUAUAGUUCGUCAGCUUGGGAGAUAAAGAAAUCAACAAAAGUAAUCAAGAAUGAACCACAGGUGUAUUCGAGCGAUAUUUUUGGGGAUUUUAAAGUGAAUCAAACACAAACCGAUGGUCGGAAUUCUAAAUUGCUAAAUUUAACGUUACCAUUUGUUAGCGUUUCAUAUAAAACCGACACCGUGUCGUCUGCAACAACGUAUACGCUGAAAAUCGAGCAGGAAACAUACUACGAAGGAACCAGUUACCAUUUAACUCCACCGGAUGCGAGCCUAGAGCCAAGUUUUAAAACCGUGAGCGCGGCUUCGUACACCGACAAUGGUAUUCAUUUAACCGAAACACUGUUUGAAACUUUACAGACGAAAUCAGUUCUAUCCGAAAAUGGCGCACUAAACUCUGCAGACGUCGAGUCAUUUUCACCGACAAGCGUCUUCUACACUGUGCAGGACGAUGAUAAAACGAUGACAGAAGGGUUUCAUACACUAGGAGAACCCACUGAAACCAGUCCAAAUGGUACAGUUCUCCCUCCAGUAGUUGCCUACGAAAACAUUACCGGAAAUCCAGAAAUGGCGGGAAAAGGUGAAAAAUCGGAAUACUUCUAUUUGUCUUUAGCUAGUAUAGUGUCCGUGGCAGUAUUUUCUGUGUUAAUUCUUGUUUUCUUGUACUAUAAAAGGCGGAGAAAUAGUGAGUAUGAAGUAGGAAGGAGGGACACAAAUGUUUACAAUAUUGACAAUUCAUUCUACGAAGAUGGCCGAGUAUCACAGAGUGCGUCGUUAUGUCCAAUGAAAGAAGUGCCGUCAAUUCAAAUAGAGUCAGUAGACGAUGAGGGUAAUGUCAAAUUAGAGUUUUAUCCUGUUUCUGAAACACAGUAACUUGAACAAAUAUGCAAAUACAGAAAGAUGUGUUCACUGUUGAAUUGUUGCUGCUCGAUUAAAUUUUGUAAAUCACUGUAUCGUCAGAAAAGUAUUGAUGCUUAAAUGUUAAACAUUUCUUUUAUAGGGAGGUCGAAAUCCAUUCAAAUAUUAUAGCUAUAUGCAUAUGCCUAAUUAUGAUUUUCAAUAAACUGCCUGAUCAAAGAGUAUUUUAUAACGUUUAAAUUAUCAAACCAGAAAGAAAUAAAACACUUGUCAUGGCUGUCGUGCAUGAUCGAGGUGAGUCGUCACGACACCAGGGAUUUCCUUUAUUAAAAAUGCAUUCGAUAGCUUCUUUAAGUAUUAUCUUUAUUUAUCAGAAAUUGUGUAUCUUUAAACAUAUGCGUAUUUGUUGUUAAUAAAGUUUAUUAAUUUAAUGAAACGACGUUUCUCAAAAGAUAUCUGUAAGAUGAACUUUUUCAAAUAUCAUGACGACCUAAUUAUUUAUUUCAAAAUUUUGUAAUCUUACGACAUGAAAACAUGUUUUAUGCGCUUUUCAUUAUAUAUACAUUUUUUUUUUUACAUUCUUGAAAAUCAAGGAAUUCUUAGUAAUAUGAUAUUGAUUUUGCUCAAGAAAAUGCAUUCCAGGAAUGUUUUGUUCUUCAUUGGAGUCUACAGUCUGUAAUUUAUAUGAUAUAUUACUAUGUUAUCAAAUCAUUUAUUCAAAGUAUUCUUGCCUUCUUUUUGCUCUGAGAAUAAGGUCAGUCUUUCUUACAAAAUAUAACUGCGAGCCAAGAAAAAUUUGCAAUGGCAAUAUUGAGCUUUUUUUUUUCCUCCGUCUAAUGUCAGGUAAAAAAACCCCGCCUUAUUAAAUUCGGAAAACCGGCAAAUAGCUUGGACUAUUUACUGGCAAACCAUUCAGUUAAUGUAAACAAGUGAACACUAGAUUUUACAAUUUUCACUCGCGGUGCACUUGAUGUUCAUUAGGUGAAAGGUAUCGAUCUGACACUGAAACAAAUAUCCUUUAAAUAUGUUACUGUUUUUUUUUUCAACACUGAAGUACCAUACAAAUUAAAGGAUUAAACAGUUCAUGUUUAUUGAAUAAUGUUCAGCUAUGAAUGGUAUACCAGUCAAUAGUCAAAACUAUUGCCCGAGGUCCGAAGGAUCGAAGGCCUAUAAUUUUGUCUACUGACCGGCAAGCCAUACAAUAAGUGUUUUAUUACAUGACAUACGAAUUGAUUUUCAGUUUUAUUUUAAAACUUUUGACUAAUUAGCCCAGUAAACAUGUCUUGAAUAUAGACCGGCCAUAUAGCACUAACCUUGGAUCGGCGAUUUAAUACAAGGAGGCAUGAGAUAAUAUGUUUUAUUGGCACAUCGUCAAAAUAACAAAUACUAUUUAACUGUCUAUCUUUUAAGUGGUCAGUGGUUGAAUUUAUUCAGUCAAGGAAAAUGACUACCAACACUUAUCAUAAAACUAUUGACCUCGACUUCGUCUCGAUUAAUAGUUUACUGAUGAGGGUCACUAAUCAUCUUACAAGGCUGACUGAUAAUUUUGAUUCAUUUUGAUUCAUUGGCCACUUUAAAGUUAGGUAGUUGGUUUAUUCUGAACAUUUUUACUGGGCUUAUAAGCUAUCUCAAACAACAAACUGUGAAGAUAAGUUUUGAUGCCAUGUAACAGAACACUUACUGAACUGUUUACCGGCUAAUAGUCACAACUAUUGGUCCUCAGUCAUUCAUACCUCGGGCAAUAGUUUUGACUAUUGAUAGGCAAAUCGUUCAAUAUAUGUAUAAUAUUUUGGCCAGUCCUGACAGAUGUAGCGUACAACUUUGUGAAAAAAAACAACAACCAUUAUUCACUCAAUGAGAGAGAAUAAAAACAUCACAUAACACUGAUGUUUCGAGAGCCACUUAUGUGAAGGGUAUAUUGAUAUUUCUGUGCGAUACCGCUGUUAUGUGGCAGAUUCAAUAAGCUUCAAUCUAUAUUUUGCCAAUAAGUAAGCAUACAAUGUUAUAAUUAUAUUCAUAAAGAAUGUUACAAGAGUGUUUUUAUAUUGAAUUUAUUAAACGAGUUGAAUUAGCAUAGUAAAAUGCCGACCAACAUCUUCUAUUUUGAAAAGACGUCAGCGUCGAUCUUUUAUUGUAAUGGCUUUAUUCCACUCCCGAGACGGGGUCAAAAACAUAUGAUAAACCUAAACAUAUAUAUCUGAAAGAGAAAUUGGUUCUACCCAAAGAAGAUAUUAAGCUGUUUUAUAGAUUAUAUCUAAAUCAAAGCUUUCCUAGACAAAACAGAAACAAUAGUUGGUUUUACUGUUGGUAUCAUCAUUCUAACACUUUGGAUAGCACGUGCAUAAUGCUUAGAUAUUUUGCAAUAAUAUAUAAAGAACUGUUGUAGUCUGCAUUCAUUUAUCAUGGAAUGUUUUGUAUUACACUAGAAUCUAGUGACCAGAUAUUUAUAUAAUUAUACUGUUAUGAUUUUCAGCCUUGUGUGUUCAACAUAGGUAAAUAAACAGGUGAAUAUUCUGUUAUUAUAAAUAUGUACCUAAUAUGUGAAGGUCAACAUUACAGUUAUAGCGUUUUAACCUUUACCCUGCUAUAUGGUGCAUCUUUCAAUUUGGUCAGUUCCACUUAUUACAGUCAAACCUGUGUUAAAGACCACCUCUGAACAGAGACCAUCUGGCUCUAAAGACCACAUGUUUUGUUUCCCAUUUUAACAUUUACAGUGUAUUUUAACCUGUGAAUACAGACCACCUCCCAAUUAAGACCACAUUUUGGCUCUCUCAGGGGUGGUCUUUAUAGACAGGUAUGACUGUAUUCGAAGGGGUUUUCAUUGAAAGUGUACUGACUGAAUAGCGAACGAUGCAGACCAUGAUCAAUCUGCAUGGAUGUGAAGGCUGAUCUUGGUCUGCACUGGGUGCAAAGGCAGAAUCACUUGCCACCAGCAGUAUAAGAAGUUAUAAGCCACGGUCACAGAAUGCAUCAGCUAGUUUGUUAUGUAUGUAAACUAUGUAAAUAAUAUAUUACACUAAAUCUUCUAAUUCAACUGUCGAAAAUUUACCAAUAACGUUCAUAUUACUGUAAGUAAAUAUUUGAAUUUUUUCAAAGUUACAGGACAAUAACAAGAAUUUCAAUAAAAUCGAACCGUUGAAUGCAAUAUUUUAAUCUUAUUAAUUUUAUUUUUCGAUCUCUAUCUGUUGUUGUUUUUCUUCCAACAUACAUGCAUUUGCGACCGGUAUGGAUGCAGACCAGCCUGUGCAUCCGCGCAGUCUGGUCAGAAUCUAUGCUAUUCACUAACGGUUAGGUUUAGAAAGCGAACAGCGUGGAUCCUGACCAGAUUGCGCGGACGCAAAGGCUGGUCUGGAUCUGUGCUGGUCGCAAGUGCACUAUGUUGGUUUUCUUAAGGUGCGGCUCAAAUUUAAUUCAAUUUAACCCUUACCCUGCUACAUUUCUAUCAUGAACUUGUCCGUCUUUCAAUUUGGACAGUACUAUUAACUUUUAAAAGGGAUGCUUACCAAAAAUAUAUUGAUUGAAUGGCGAACAGAGCAAAUCAUGAUCAGACUGCAUGGAUGUGCAGGCUGAUCAUGAUCUACACUGGCCACACAGGUAGACGCAGUCGUGUCCAGCAUGAUAAGGGUUGAUUCAUUGUAUUUUUGUAAUUUUUGAAUAAUGGACAGAGGUCAUAAACACAUAUGGUGACACAAGUUGAUUAAAUUAAAAAACUGAUACUAGUAUGCUGUUGAUAAGAUAUUGUUUUUAAAGGUAGGCUUAAUUUCGGAAACUUGUGAAUUUGCAGUUCAGUUUUACAGAUUUAUAAAAUAUCGGAUGUUGUUUUGGAAGUGUCUUAGACUUGUUUAACGCCGAAUAACCUGUACUUUGUAGGUGCGCCGAAAAACCCAGCUGAAAAACCCAACCGAAAAUGAUUUGUCAACCGUAGACUGUCAUUAAAGAUAAAGUACAUGUCUGAAUAUUACAUGAAUGAAUAUUAAAAAGAGAAUGUAUGCCAUGUAUUUAAAUGUUAGUUCAACACUGAAUGAGUAAUAUUCACACAUAUUUAAGCAUAUGACUGCCUGUUGCGAUGAUCGAAUAAAUAAAUGAGCCGCACCAUGUGAAAACCAACAUAUUGCGUUUGCGACCAGCAUGGAUCUGCACAGUCUGGUCAGGAUCCAUGCUGUUCGCUUUCAAAGCCUAUUGCAAUUAGAGAAACCGUUAGCGAACAGCAUGGGUCCUGACCAGACUGCGCGGAUCCAUGCAGGUCGCAAACGCACUGUGUUGGUUUUCUCAUGGCACGGCUCAAAUGUAAGAUUAAUUAUGUAAACGCAUUAAUCAUACUUUUCUUUUCAUUUAGGAUGUAUUAAAGUACGCAUCUAGUCGGCGUGUUUGUAUAUAAAAUGUUCAUGAAAAUCGAUGUUUAUUGAAUGUAUUUGAAAUAUUUGUUAGAUGUAUGGAGUGCGAGGGUGUGACUUUUAUAAUAUCAAAAUGCAUGAUUUGAUGUUUAUCAAUAGGUAAUUUGUUUACCUGUUUAAAAUGUUAUUUUCUAUGAAGAAUGCAUAAUGUUUCGUUUUGACAUGACAAGGACUUUCUCAAUGUAUGAAAUAUUUCAUCAUUCUAGUCAAUUCUGUUUCAGUUCUUGUUCAUCAAAAGAUUAAUUGUGAUAAAACUACCAUUACAUAUAGCUGAGUUGUUUAAAUGUAUACAACAUUUACAUUUCAUUGCUACAUAUAGUUUAUGUGAAAUUAAAGUUAACAAGUGUGUGUGUGUUAAUAAUAGUACUUUAUAUGCAUCAUGUUUAGAAUAGUACAUCUAUAACUAAAGACAAUAUAUAUAUGUACUACCACUCAAAAACUUGAGAGUUAUUUUGACGAUCGAUUAUUAUUACAGUAUGAUUUUUUAAUAUGAAAGUAGUUCUUCUUAAACAAUUAUUUCAUGUACAUGUAUUACGUAAAAUCAAAAACAUUUACGAGGAUUUUAUGCAUUUGGAGUAAAUAUCUAAAUAUAAAACAUUAAAUAUUUUAGUGAAUAUAUAUGGGCAGAUAAUGUCUUAAAUUUAUGCUAUGAAUUGCCUUUCAAAAUUUUCAUCUGUGUAAUGUCUUUUACUUCUUUUUGUGCGCGUUUCACAUGUUUAGAAGUUCAUUGACAAAAGAGGGUAAAAAUAACUUUAUUCUAAAGAGACAGUUAGAUUUACUAAUUUCUCUGGCCAGUUAUGGUUCAGUGGUAAUUUUGUUCCAGAUGAAGAAAGAUUUUUUUUAUCACUGAAACGAGUAAAAAAUAUUGACACGAGAAACUAUGGAAACAUGUUCUUGUUCUGAUGAUGUAAAAUAGUUUGGAUCAUGUUUACCAAUUAAAGUUAAUUGAUAUGUUAUGUUA